UCCUCCUCCCCCGCAGGGUUCUGGUUCCUCUGGACGGUCCUGAUCCUGUUCAGCUGCUGCUGCGCCUACCGGCACCGCCGCGCCAAGCUGCGCCUGCAGCAGCAGCAGCGGCAGCGCGAGAUCAACCUCAUUGCCUACCACGGUGCCUGCAACUACCCCCCCUCCGCGGCGGAUCUCAGGAUCUUGGCCUCCUUCAAGCUGCCGGCCUACGAAGAGGUGGCCCAGCGCCCUGCCACUCCGCCGCCCCCCUAUAGCGCUGUCCUCGGGAGCGCCGUCGGCCGCCUUGGCUCCAGCACGUUGACCCUGACGGGCAGCUCCGAAAACUCCACCAGCUGCUCCUGCGAAUCCAGCUGCCUGACCUCCCCCAGCAGCACCUCCCUGUCGGCCACCGAGGCCAGCAGCCCCAGUGAAGGGGAGGCCGAGGGGGAUGGGGGCUGCAGCGGCCAUGCGGGGGGCAGCUGGGAGCUGGCAGCCUCGCCAGCCACCCCGCUGCCGGCCUCCCACAAGCACACCCUCUUCUCCUCCAAUGUGGAGCUUUUUGAGAGCGACCCACGGCGCCUCUCCGAUGGCGAGGAGGGGCCCGAUGCCGGGGAGGAAAGCAGCCACCUGCGGCACCGGCGCCUGACUGGGGACUCUGGGAUCGAGGUGGGGCGAGGCCAAGAUGAGGAGGAGACCGCAGGCGAGGACAGCGAGGAGGCCGCCCGCUUGCUUGGCAAAGGGGCUCCCUGCAGCCAGCAUGAGGAGUGCUCCGAAGGGGACGCAGAGGAACUGGCCACCUCACCGACGUUGCCUGUCUGAAGCAGGGCUGUUGCGCUCGGCUGCCUUGCCACCCUCUUGGAGACUGAACAUCACCACCUCCCUGGCGGCCAGGAGCAAAGCAGGCGGCUUCUGCCUGCUGUUCACUGUGGAGAGUUACCGCCUUACCCUCACGAGCUCUCACGUGCCGUCUCUUCUCUGCCCGAGCCACGCAGGCCUCGCCUUGGCCUCCCUCCUGCUCCCCCGUCAACACUCUGCUCCCUCCUUAGUGCUGGCUCAGGAGCCUUUUGGGGACAGGAUCCCAGAGCCCGUGGGGCUGCAGCGGGGCAGAGAGUUGAGCUACUUGCUGGAUCAUGACUAUAGUAAUCACUCUGUGCGUGUGUGUGGUUCCUGCUGUGCUCCAACUUUGGUGUAAGGUGUGGCGUUGGGGGGGAGGGCUCAGCGCCUCCCCACUUCCAAUUUGCACUGCGGGUUGCUGGUUGCAUGAAGAGACGGCUGUUGCUGAUGCCUGUUCCGUGAUCCAUCCAGACUGGCCUGGGAGCGGGGAGCUGGCCUUCCCCCCACCUUCGGGCUGCUAGAAGCAGCUUUGUGGGUUUGUAUCAUGCCAGUGCCUAGCAGUCUUUCGUGUGGGCAGCAGUACGUGCUUCGUAUUAAACCAACGUGGAAAAUCCUGA